CUGACAGCAGAUUUUGUUCAUCUCACAGGCUCCUACAUCUGCUUGAAUGUGCUUUUAAGACCAGGCAAACGAUCAAUAUCAGAUGACCCGAUUGAUGUGACGUAAAGGAAGCUUAUAAAAACUGUGACAGAGCUUUGCUGCAGAAACACAGAGCUCUGCCAAAGAGGAGGGCUGAAAGACGUCACGGAGCUGAGAGCAGAACAUCAGCAGAGACAAAGAUUAUCUGCCUGUAAAAGACGAACAUGGACAGCAAUCCUGCUUCACCCUGAAGAAACCUCCAUCAGAAGCAGGCUCAGGGAGGGGCGGCCAUGUGCCGUGAGCGGUUGGAGUUGAGUGGAGGAAGACAGGACAAGGACACACUGUAGAAGAGAGCCAGAGAUCAAUAAUAAGGAAUGAUUAAAUGCAGAGAGGUGCAUAAACACACAUCUUUGUCUCCCUCCCCUCAGAGGGCGGGCCCUCCCUGAGGCUGAGCUCAUUGCUGAACAGAAAGUGUUCUGUGUGCAUGUUAUCAGCUACUGACUCAUGGAGGAAAGUACUGAUAUCAGUGAAAGGAGUAGAAGGAGACGUGAAACAGCUGGGCUUAUAAAACUGCUGCGUCAUCUGUGUCGCAGUGAUAUCAUUUCAUGCUGAUGAAUGAUGCCACCCAGAGAUGCAGCAGACGAACAUCUCAGGAUCGUGAUGGUUGGGAAAACUGGAGCUGGGAAGAGUGCAGCAGGAAACAUCAUCUUAGAAAGAAGAGUUUUUAAAUCCACUUCAGCUUCAUCUUCAAUAACAGCAGAGUGUCAGAAGGAAACAUCAGAGUUUGGGGGUCAAACACUGGCUGUAGUUGAUACUCCAGGUCUGUUUGAUACCAAACUAUCUCAAGAGCAGGUGGUGAAAGAGAUCAGUAAGUGUAUCUCCUUUGCUGCUCCUGGUCCUCACGUGUUCCUGGUUGUGAUCCAACCAAACAGAUUUACCAAAGAAGAACAAGAAACAGUGAAAAUCAUUCAGAAGAUAUUCGGAGAUGAAGCAGCACGCUACACUAUGGCCUUGUUCACCCACGGAGACAAUCUGGAAGCAGAUGAAGUCAGUGUAGAAGAUUUAAUCGAUGGAAAUAAAGAACUCAGUGACUUCAUCAGUCAGUGUGAGGGAGGAUAUCAUGUUUUUAACAACAGAGAAAAGGAUCCCUCUCAGGUCAAAGAGCUGAUGAAGAAGAUCAACACAAUGGUUCAGAGAAAUGGAGGAAGCUGCUACAGCAAAGAGAUGUUUGAAGAAGCUGAGAAAGCAAUAAAAGCAGAAAUGGAUCGACUCCUGGAAGAAAAUCCAGAGAUGUCAGAAGAAGAAGCCAGAAGACGGGCAGAAAGAGAAAACGAGUACAUCAGGGCUUGUGGGAUAGGGGCGAGCGUUGGAAGUGUCUUAGGCCCAUUGGGAGCAGCAGUGGGAGCAGCAGUGGGAGCAGGAGUGGCAGCUGUAGUUGUAGCACUGAAACAUGCAUGUGCCAUACAGUGAAGGUGAAGAAUGAAGAUUCAUCAUCUACAUAUUUCCACCUCAGAGUUGGUACAUAUGAGUUGGUAUGCAGACGACUCAGCACUAUACUCAAAAUUAACUCAGUGGAAUAGAACAGAAAUAUAUCCCACUAUUAUAAAUACACAGCAUUAUAUGGCCAUAUCAGACCUAUAAUGGAAAAAUUCUAGUUAACCCUCACAUGUAGAUUUAGGUGGUUAGAACUUCACUGCAUGAUUUUGCACAGCUAUGCAUGUUUAGAUGGCUGAGAAUAAAAGAGGAGCUGAGACGCCCCAGAGUUGACUGUGAACUGUGAUGUUUGAUGUGUGUCUGUUCUCCUGUGAGUAGUAAGAAAUACUUUGACCGCAGCUCUUUCUGUGUUGCAGACUUCAGUUACAAAAUUCCACGACAGAAUGCAAACAGCUUGUUGAUUGGAUGAGAAUCUUGGAGCUGCAUGAGCAAAUGUAACUAUGUUCACUAAUAAAGGUCAUGUUUUCAGUGUGUUUCCAUUUAUGCAUAAAUCAAUACACUUGUGAUGUAAAUGAGUAUAGUAAUGUAAAUGUAGUCCUCUUGCAUACUGAA